AUGGCCGCCAAACCACAGGCAGAGGUCAUCCAGGAAUGGGCCGACUUUGACUCGGCAGGAUACAGCUUCGAACGAGGGCGCAUGGAGAAGACCGUUCAGUCCCUCUGCUUUGGCGACAACGCAGCCACUGUGCCAGCGCACGUUGCGGCAGGACCGUCUCAGGGUCAGAAGCUGAAGAAGGACGACGUCGACUUCAUUGUGGCCGAACUGUUGGUGUCACGGCAGACUGCGGAAGCAACACUGGCAAAGUACAACGGCGACAUGGAAAAGGCGCUCACAGAGCUUGUUUCGGGGCAAUAG